GCCCGGCGCAGAGCGGAAGUAGGAGUCUCGGGACUCUCUCGCUUCUGGCCCCUGUCAGCUGUUGGGUUUAUAUCUAUUUCUGCCGCUCUCCGGCGAGCGGGCUCCAGGGAUGUGGCGGAGCCGGCCGCUUUCCGGAGCUUGACCCCGUCCUAGCCCCAGCCCCACUCCCACUGUCCGAAUGGAGAAGCGGAAGCGCGCUUAUAGGAGUUCCAUUAAAAACUAAAUUGCUAAGAAGUUAGAGUCAAGUUUCGUACCAUGGAUCCUUUGGGUGCUCCUUCCCAGUUUGUGGAUAUUGAUACUCUGCCCAGCUGGUUUGAAUGGUAUGAAGCAGAUGAAGGAGAUUCCUCAGAAACUCUAACUGAAAAAUUCCAGGAUGAAGUCAUUAGAUCACCUUUUCCUUUCAGUAAAGAGCUCAGUGGAAAAGUGAUUCUUUGGAAAGGAGAUGUGGCUUUACUGAACUGUACAGCUAUAGUCAAUACCAGCAAUGAAAGUCUCACUGAUAAGAAUCCAGUGUCAGAAAGCAUUUUUAUGCUUGCAGGGCCUGACCUGAAAGAAGAACUCCAGAAACUCAAAGGUUGCCGAACAGGGGAAGCAAAGCUUACAAAAGGAUUCAAUCUGGCUGCCCGUUUCAUUAUUCACACCGUGGGACCUAAAUACAAGAGCCGCUAUCGCACAGCAGCUGAAAGCUCCCUAUACAGCUGCUACAGAAAUGUGCUCCAAUUGGCAACGGAGCAGGCAAUGUCCUCUGUAGGAUUUUGUGUCAUCAAUUCUGCAAAAAGAGGAUAUCCUUUAGAGGAUGCCACCCACAUAGCACUCCGCACAGUGAGAAGAUUCCUAGAAAUUCAUGGGGAAACCAUUGAAAAAGUAGUAUUUGCUGUCUCUGAGCUUGAAGAGGCCACCUACAGAAAGCUGCUGCCUUUAUAUUUUCCAAGGUCAUUAAAGGAAGAAAGCCAGUCUUUGCCAUACCUUCCUGCAGAUAUUGGAAAUGCUGAAGGGGAGCCAGUAGUACCAGAGCGACAGAUCAGGAUAAGUGAAAAACCAGGUGCCCUAGAUGACAACCUAGAAGAGGAAGAUGAGGGCUUGGGUGCCGAUCUCUCCUUCAUUGGGUCUCACGCUUUUGCUCGAAUGGAGGGAGAUGUUGAUAAGCAGAGACGACUGAUUCUUCAGGGACAGCUCUCAGAGGCAGCUCUGCAGAAACAGCAUCAAAGAAAUUAUAAUCGCUGGCUGUGUCAAGCAAGAGCUGAGGAUCUAUCUGAUAUUGCUUCUUUAAAAGCCUUGUACCAAACAGGUGUAGAUAAUUGUGGUCGCACAGUGAUGGUGGUGGUUGGAAGAAACAUUCCUGUAACAUUAAUAGAUAUGGACAAGGCUCUGUUAUAUUUUAUCCAUGUAAUGGAUCACAUUGCUGUAAAAGAAUAUGUCUUAGUAUACUUUCACACACUUACUAGCGAGUACAAUCACCUGGACUCUGACUUCCUGAAGAAACUCUAUGACGUUGUUGAUAUCAAAUACAAGAGGAACUUGAAAGCAGUUUACUUUGUCCAUCCAACAUUUCGAUCAAAGGUAUCAACAUGGUUUUUUACCACCUUUUCUGUCUCAGGACUAAAGGACAAAAUCCACCAUGUGGACAGCCUCCACCAGCUAUUUGCUGCCAUAUCCCCAGAACAGAUUGACUUUCCACCCUUUGUUCUUGAAUAUGAUGCUAGGGAAAAUGGGCCUUACUAUGCGUCUUAUCCCCCAUCACCAGAUCUGUGACCUUCCAUCCUGUUGUACUGCUGGCUUCCAAGGAUGACUCCCUCUUCAUGGCCUGCUGCCUGUUGAAUUGAAAUUCAUUUGUGCUGUACAGAAUUCAGAGAAGGUCUUUUGUCCCCACCUCUCUGAUAUUUUUUUAUUGACAUUAUAUUUUCAGGCACAUAAACAAUCUGCAAAUGUUAGGUCACUACGCACUGUGUACCACUGUUUUUAAUUUGUAUAUGCGUAUCUAGUGGAAAUACUGAUAUUUCAGGAUGAAAGGAAAGAGAGGUUUGUGUCUGCAUCCCCUAUUGGACAUUCUGUCAGUCUUGCUGUGUUGUCACCAUCGUAUUGAAAGCUGCUGGGGCACUGGACCAUUUGCAGUAGUGUACAGAACCAUUCAGACUACACUCAUCAGAUAGGUGCAUUGCUUCCAAUCCCGUUAUGUUGUUUGCUUCUCACAUAUAUAGAUACAUUACCUAUGACAAGGAAGAAUGGUGUGAAACUGAGAAUGUUGGAAGUGAUUUGACUGAAAUUCUACUGCCUGUCAGAAGAUCAUCGAAAUGUUUAGCAGAAUAUGGGCUGUGUGAGUCCCAGGCUUAUAUCCCUGAAUUAGAUGAUCUGUGGGGGUGCCACUGUUUUGCUGUGAACAGUAUGAUAAAAGGAUGGCUUUUCACUCUUCUGUAAUCCUAAGUGUUUGUGGCCUCUUUUUAAAAGUUCCAGGUGUCUUAGUCCUCUAAGUAAAUAGGAACCACCUAACAGUUCACAGUUCAAGAAUUUAUUAAGUAUCACAUGAGAAAGAAACUAAUGAUAUGUUCACUUUCUUUUGGGAAUAUGUGUGUGGAUGUGUACACACACACACACACACACACACACACACACUGCCCUCCUCUAACGAUAGCAGAUUUUGUGUGACUUACAUGAUACUGCCUUGGGAGACCUUGUCUAAUGAUUAAACCCCCUGGCAAUGCCUGCUUACGUAAGGAGGACGAGCAGACACAAGGGUGUGAUUCUUGACACUAUUGCUAGUCUUGCUAUUUGUAACUCAGGCAUUAAGCCUUAGCCUGCCUAGCUGUAAAAUGAGCAUAUUGCCUAGCUCAUGGAGGUAUGAGAAGGUAUAGUAUCUAGAAAAGGACUUGAGUAUCUUUGAGCUACAGGUGCUAGAAGAAUGUGAAGUGGGGGUGUUGUCUCUGGUUGUAAGUUAGGAAUAACAUUUGAGUGAGCUCUACAGGACUUCCCUUAUCUCUGACCCCUUGUACUCUUUCAGCCUUUCAAGAGAAAUACAGCCAUCAGUGCGUAAUUCCAGUCCUAGUACCUCCCACCCCUAGUUCUGUCCAGAAUUUUUUUGACCAUUGGUGAUAGUGUCAGUUGGAAAGGCCUUAUUUGGGGUGGGGGGGCACUUAUUCUCAAAUGAAUGGUUAAUUAUCAUCAACAUAUUCCUAUUGCCCCCUCAGCAUCUUAGCACUCACCUUAUCCCCCCAACCCCAUGCAUAUAUGUACACAAACCAUUUCUCUCCAAACUACUGUUGUAAUGUGCAUAGGCUGACCAAAGGUGUGAGCUGAAGUACAGACUGCAUAACUUUUAAAAGUAAACCUUCUAAGGAGCCUUUUACUCUUUCAGUAACAACACUCUCAUGUUCCAUUUAAUUCUCCAGUGUAUAAGAAAUGCAUCUUAUCUUCCGAGUACCAAAAGAAUAAUAACUUUAGAGGAAAUUAGUUAUAGGAUUGGGCAAGUCCCUUCUCCUUUGGUUAUUAAAAAGUUUAGCAAGUGAAUGUCAUUUUUUUUUAAGUGAGAGACCGAAGUAUCAGUCA